AUGAAGUUCGCCACCAUCGCCCUCUCCGCCAUCGCCAUCGUCGCCGUCAACUCGGCGCCCCUCCUCCGCCGCGACGUCAACGCCGCGCUCAUCCCCGAGUUCGGUAUCCAGGCCGGUACUAGCCCUGACGGCACUGGCAACUGCAAGGGCGUCAACAACAUCAACGUCCCGUGCUCGUGCCCUCCCGACCGGAACGACUUCAUCGCUAAGCUCAACGCGAACGUCGCCGCCGGCCACCCGACGAACAACCCCUCGGUGACCAUCACUGGCUUCCCCGAGGACGACUCGAAGGCGUCCAAGCUCCAACGCCUCUUCGUCGCCACCGUCACUCUUCAAAACCUCAACGGCCCCGGCGUCGGCUGCCCCCAGGCGGCCACCACCUGGGGCGCCCUCCAGGCCGCCAUUAACGCCGGCACCGACACCACCCCGCCUCCCGCCGCCCCUGCUCCCCCAGCCGCCCCCGCCGCCUCCACUCCCGCAUCGACGGGCGGCAUCGACGCGUCGCUCGUGCCCGACUUCGGCGUCGUCGCGGGCACGUCCCCCGACGGCACCGGCAACUGCAAGGGCCUCAACAACAUCAACAUCCCCUGCUCGUGCCCGCCUAACCGGAGCGACUUCAUCGCGAAGCUCAGCGCGAACGUCGCCGCCGGCCACGCGACCAACAACCCCUCCGUCGCCGUCUCCUUCCCCACCGGCAACUCCAAGGGCGAGCAGCAGGCGCGCAUCGGCGCGCUCCUCGUCACCCUCCAGAACCUGAACGGGCCCGGCGUCGGCUGCCCCGCGGUGUCGACCGUGUACGGCCAGCUGCAGCAGCAGAUCAACGCGCUCCCGAACUGA